UUGACUGCAAUUCAAUCCAAGAAUUUUGCAAUAUAGAAAUGUCUCACUAUGAGAAGCUAUCUUUGAUACGAAAUGAGUUGGACAGAUAUAAAGUAAAACCUGAACGAGUUCAGCUAUUGGAAUUAGUUUGUACUUUCAUAGCACAAGGUAUUCAACCUCGAAAAGAUGUAUGUUACACGAAUGUAAGUGCAUCAUUGGAUACAACUGCACAAGAGGUAUUGAAUUGUCUCAAAGUAAAGCAUCCGAACCAUUCGAUAUUCUCCACGUCUCGUGAAAUUUUUUCCUACUGGAAAAACAAUAAUAUUGAAGAUAAUCAUUGGAACAAAACAGAAAGUACGCAGAUUAUGGAUACACUCCAGGAAUACAUAUUUAGCAUCUUGAACUUUCGAGCAUGUAUCUCCUCAUUUGCACCCGAAGAUAUCAAAUGGAUUUGUAUAGAUUAUGUUUUACAAAGUAAAUAUGGUCAAGAUAUCAUUGUAUAUGCAAUAUUUCAUAGCGUGGUUAGAAGGCUUGGUCUACGUUGCGAUGUACUACAGGUUUUUAAUCGAUUCUGUGUAUUUUGGAAACCAGAAUUCGUCACGAAUAAUUUCGAAAAUGCACGAUGUUUUUAUAUAAAAGACGAGAAUUUCCCGAAUUGUCUUCAUGAUUAUCUAUCAGAUUGCAAGUCUUGUACACAUCAUGACGUCAUCGAAAUAAGAACUGAACAGAUGUUGGACAUGAUAAAAGAUUUUGUUGAAUUGUUUAUAUCGGGACAAAAUAAGCAAUUUGGGAUUAGUUCCAAAGUGAAUUGUAAUGUGUAAAAAACAUACGCGCCCUAACAUAAUCGCUAAUCAAUCUACAGAUUCGGACCAACAUAAUAGAUAAUAGGAUGUUAUUGACAUAUACAUAUAUACAUACAUGUUCGACAAUUGAGAAUCAACGAUG